UGGGUUUCAGGUUAGACAAACACUUCGCGCAGUUGGUCAGUUUCACAGAAACUUUUGGUCCCUCCCCUCGGGUGCUCCGAGAUCCCCCCGGUACGAACCAGCUGCAGCUACAGCAGCAGCAGCGGCGCCCGCCGGCCUCGCAGAGGAGGGAUCUAGGAGAAAAGGAGAAUUCAGGAAAAUAUUGCAGACUGGGAGCUGAACCUACAAUUCUUCCAGAAAAAAUAGGAUGAGCAAAACUGGAUUGGUGCCUUAUUUAUUUAGAAAGACUAUGGAUAGGCACAAAGUCCCUCAUUUGAGCUGUUUGUGCACUAUCCUUUUGGUGCUCAUUUGGACUGGCAUCUCACAUGCCCAGAAGGAUUGUACAGGAGCGGAGUGCAAGCAACUGGAGAACUGUAUUGAAGAGGUGCUUGAGCCUGGUGAAUGCUGUGCCUCUUGUUUGCAACAUGGUUGUACUUGUGAAGGCUACCAGUACUAUGACUGUGUCAACGUGGGAUUUAUGAAUGGCAAAGUACCCGAAGGGCAAUCUUAUUUUGUGGACUUUGGAAGCACUGAAUGCUCGUGUCCCAAGGGAGGAGGCAAGAUCAGCUGCCAGUUUAUGCUUUGCCCUGAGUUGCCCCCAAACUGUAUUGAUGCUGUACUACCAGCUGAUGGCUGCUCUCAGUGUGGAAGAAUAGGCUGCCUCCAUGAAGGUCAGAAGUAUGUAGCAGGCCAUACGUUCCAUAUUCCUCCAUGCAAGGUUUGCCAUUGCCCAAAUUCUGGAGGUGAACUGAUGUGCUACCAGCUCCCAGACUGUGGUCCAUCCACAUUAAAUCCUCAGAGCCCAACGGAUACUGAAGAGAACGAACCGGAGAGGCACUACGACGAUCCGUACAGCUAUGACCAAGAGGCACCCGAAGGAGACGCCACUCAGGUGGAACCUCCUACAAAACACAGGAACUCUGCAGCCCAUACAGAAGAAGACAGCAUUGGCCAAGAACAAAGUGAGGAUUAUGAGUACCGUGCAAUCAGCGUUACUUCCCCACCGUUGACUCAACCUGUUACACACGCUGAAGAAGCUGCUGUAGCAGUCAACACGCACACUCCUGUUCCCCGUCCUGAACUUAACAGUGCAAUGGAACAAGAAGAGGAAAAGAGAGACCUAAGCACCACAAUGGCACCCACAGUGCAGGUUCUGAGUGAAAAAGUAACUGUGACUAGCAGUGCUCCUGAGGAGCAAACAACUGCUACGACGGAGAUGCCCACGCAAGCGGUAGAAUCAGGGAGAAAAUCAAAGGGGAAACAAGGGGAGAGAGGGAGACAUGAACAAGAAGGAUAUGCUCGCCCUAAACCAAGAAAACACAUGAGAAAAGAUUAUAAAGAGCAGGGGGGCAGUAUAUCUCCAGCUCUGAAAGAGACAAAUGUAACCGUGUCACAUGGUCCCAGACCUUCCCAUGAAAAGCAUGGAGGAAAUACUUUCCCCAAGGUCAAAUUUAGUCCCACAACAUCCCCUCCCAUUGCUCUGAAAGAAGACCGUAGUCAGGCAUCCCAAAAGCAGUCACAGACGCUUUAUCGUUACCAACCUGAAGAAGAAGGAGACCCCAAUUCUAUUCAUGCUGCUUCCAGGUUACCAGAAGGUUCCACAAAGGACUUAAUUGAAACUUGCUGUGCAGCUGGACAACAGUGGGCUAUAGACAAUGGGGAAUGCACAGAAAUCCCAGUCAGUGGGACUGAUGGUGAUAUUUGCAGAAUUGCUCAGCAGCAGUGUUGUGUCUCAUACUUAAAAGAAAACAGCUGUGUUGCUGGCAUGAUCGCAGCCAAGGAAGGAGAUUUGUGUGGACCCGACGAAAGCGAUACCUGUGGAAGAUCUUUUUAUAAGCAAUGUUGUGAUUGCUGCACUCUGGGACUGAGAGUAAAAAGUGAGGGGCAAACCUGUGAGUCCAACCCAAAUCUCGGCUAUCCCUGCAACCACGUGAUGCUAUCCUGCUGUGAAGGAGAAGAUCAUCUUAUUCCUCCAGAAAUAAAAAGGCAUCCCGAACCUCUGCCAACAGUGACACCUGAGAGAAUUUCAGAAAUUGAGGAUCACAAUGAAGCCUUGUCCAUCAGUAAUGAAGCUGAACUGUCUAACAACUUACCUGGAGAUGACCUGGAUGAGUGCCUUGUCUAUCCUGGAGAGCUCUGUCAGCACCUGUGCAUCAACACAGUGGGAUCUUACAAGUGUUCAUGUUUCCCAAGAUUUACUCUGCAAGAUGAUGGGCUCAGCUGUAAUCCAGAUAUUGAUGAUGGCCAAAACACUGAUUUAGGAGUGGAAGCCACCAUUGCUCCAGAAGCCUCUAAUAUUCAGCCUGCCACUAUUAAGACUUUACAAGUAGAGCAAAAUAAGUGUAAAGAUAAUGGCCCCUGCAAGCACAUCUGUAAUAUUGUGGAAGGAAAUGCUGUGUGCUCUUGUUUAAGUGGAUAUGCUCUCAUGGCUGAUGGCAUUUCCUGUGAAGAUAUUAAUGAAUGCGUCACAGAAGCGCACACCUGUAAGCGAGGAGAACACUGUAUUAACACAGUUGGAUCAUUUACAUGUCUCCAAGAACUCAGCUGUCAGCCAGGCUAUGAAUUUAAGGAUGGUGAAUGUGUUGACAUUGAUGAAUGUGUGAGAGGAACUCAUAGUUGUCAAGUAAACUCUGUAUGUCAGAAUACAAAGGGAUCGUUCUAUUGUGAAUCAAAGCAGCGAUGCAUGGAAGGAUUUUUACAAGACCCGGAGGGUAAUUGUGUCGAUAUUAAUGAAUGCACUUCACUUCCUGAGCCGUGUAAGCCUGGAUUCAACUGUAUCAAUACUGUUGGAUCGUACACUUGUCAGAGAAACCUGUUAAUGUGCAGCAGAGGCUAUCAUUCCAGUGAGGAUGGAUCUCGAUGUAUCGAUGUUGAUGAAUGUCAGACAGGCAUACACCGCUGCGGAGAGGGACAGAUUUGUCAUAAUCUACCUGGAGCUUAUCGCUGUGACUGCAAGAUGGGCUAUCAGUAUGAUGCAUUCAACAGAGCCUGCAUUGAUAUAAAUGAGUGCUGGAAUUACCCAGGACGGCUGUGUCAGCACACCUGUGAAAACACUCCUGGGUCCUACCAUUGCUCUUGUUCGUCUGGAUUCCGCUUGGCCUAUGAUGGGAAGCACUGUGAAGAUGUGAAUGAAUGUGACAGCACUCCAUGCAGUCAGGAGUGUGCCAAUGUCUAUGGUUCCUAUCAAUGUUACUGCAGGCAAGGGUACCAGCUAGCAGAAGACGGCCAUUCUUGUAAAGAUAUUGAUGAGUGCACACAAAGUGCGGGUAUUCUUUGCACUUUCCGCUGUGUGAAUGUUCCUGGUAGUUACCAAUGUGCUUGUCCUGAGCAGGGAUAUACUAUGGCAGCAAAUGGAAGAACAUGUCGAGAUAUUGAUGAAUGUGCAAUAGGAACCCACAAUUGCUCAGCUGCAGAGUCUUGCUACAACAUCCAGGGCAGCUACCGAUGCCUCUUGUUUGAGUGCCCUCAGAACUACAGAAAAGUAUCUGACAUGAGGUGUGAACGCAACAAUUGCUUUAAUUAUGUGGAUUGCCAAAACACCCCUGUGCGAAUUACUUACUAUCAACUCAACUUCCAAACCAACAUCGUAGUCCCAGCUCAUAUUUUCCGUAUUGGACCUUCACCUGCCUAUGCUGGAGACAACAUAAUCCUUACCAUCAACAAAGGAAAUGAAGAAAACUACUUCAGCACUAGAAAGCUUAACUCCUAUACAGGCAUUGUCUAUCUUCAGCGACAAGUGAAGGAGCCUAAAGACUUUUUGUUAGAUGUUGAAAUGAAAUUAUGGCGUCAAGGAACAUACACAACUUUUCUUGCCAAAAUUUACAUAUUCAUCACAGCUCAUGCUUACUGAGGCAUGUAUUGACAUUGGAAUUUAUUGGUGCUAUGCUCUUUUAAUAUUCUACCAAAGCUUAUUACGGUGGAACUGGUAUUUACUGUAUCUAGCCUUUAUAAUAACUUUCUAUCAUUGCUUCAAACUAUUUUAUUGGUUGUGUAAAUUAACUUAAUUUUUACUGACUUGUCUUUUGUGUAAUUCUUUAGAUGUUAAUUGGACUGUAUGUAUGUGAAGGAAAGAUUUUAAAGGCAGUACAUCUGUUGUGUACUGAAACCUUCUUUUACAGUCGCUCCAGUGAAUUCCUUUGGUUUAGUUACAUCUAUAAGAUACUGCACUAGAAAGAAAAACAGUUCACUUGGGGGCUUUGGUUUGUGCCACUGAUUAGGGAAAAAAAUAACUGAGCAAUUUCUCUUUAGCACACAUUGCACAAACCUAAAGUUUUGCUUAGCUAAAAAUUUCACCAAGGUGUGUCUGCACCCAGAUGCUAUAGUGAUGAAGGCCAUAUAAGUACAGAUAGACAGCUAGUGCACCUCAUAUAAAAGGUUUAUUUUUCCCCAACUUUCAUAGUAUAUCGCCUAUAACAAUAAAUACAGAAAAUAUACAAACAAACCCGCCCCACCAACAAACAAACAUAAACUGUAAUCAUAGGCUUGACUUUAAAGGGACUACUCACAUACUUAAAUUUAAGUACAUGUCCAAGUAUUUACAGGACUGAAGCCUUAGAUUAAUGUCUUGCACUGCCAAUUAAAAACUCACACUACAGUUAGUAGCAUUUGUCUUGUACCGUUUGAAUUCAUCUCUGUACAAACCCAUUCUAUUCAGGUAGCUCUGCUUAUAGAUUAGAUGUGUUAUAAUUCUUAAAAGGAAUGCCAAAGAGGAAACAUGUAAUCAGUUACCACACCUAAUUCAAAAGCCUGGAUGUGCAAUUAGAUUAAUAGAUUGCAAAUUUAAAUAAAUCAAACAAAAGGGGAGUGACUUUUAUUUUCCAAAAAAAUGACCUCCGUUAUGCUACCUUCAUGAUGCAGAGGAAAAUGCUAGAUAAAUUGGCAGUUUGUAUUAUGUCGUUUGUCAUUAUAUGAUUAUGUCACAGCACAAUCUCGGUUUCAAAGUGGAUUUCCUCUUGUCUCAUAGGAGACUGGAUGAGGUCCCAAAGCUGAGGGCAAGGUGUGGUAUGUGUAGUGUAAUCCAAGUAUUUGUUAGAAUUUAGAGGUGAAUAUCAGAAUUUUUUUUGUAGAUGAUCUUUUUAAAAAGUUCCAGUGCUGUAAUCUUCUGAGCAUUCUCUGACCUAGUUAUAAUUAUUCUGCAAAAUGUUCUUAAUGAAAAUCAUAACUACAAUAUAUAAAUAUUUACUACACUGUAGUUUAAUAAUCCAUUCUAUCCUACAGUAGAUCAUAUAUUGACCAGUGUGCAUUGUAUAUAAAACAAGAGAGAAACCAAGUCCUAUGUCUUUUUAUACAGUAAUAAUUAACCAUUUGAUUAUCAUCUUUUUGUAAAAUAUUAACUUGUUUGUGCUGUGGAUUAAGAAUAUGUAAACGCUAUCUAUGGGUGAAGGGGGAGAUGUACUGUAUUCAUUAUAUCCCAUGGCCAAUUCUACCGUUUCAAAUAAGUCAUUUUUUUAAAUUUGGACUUUUUCCAGAUAAUAAAAUAUAAACUUUUUUUGUACCUAACUUUAUAUAUAUCCAUGACUGUAGAAAAUGAAUUUUUAUUCUUUAGUUGUAAAUUCUUGGAAUAUCUAUAGGUUGCAUACUUCAAACUUAUUCCUGUUGUUCUGUCAGAAUCCUUUCUGUAAAAGUGAUCUUUCCUCCACAUGAGUUCUGUUUUCUAUAGUUAAUGGUCUUAAGAACUUACCAGUAAAGUACCAAUCAGAAAC